ACACACUAGAUUUCGAUAUUGAGUUAUCGAUAAAUAUAAAAGCAAGCGGAAAAGUUUGCGUGCUAAUUUAUGUGUUGAAUUUAAUAAUUUAAUUGGGAUUCUUCGCUCAGAGCAGUUGAAACCGCUGCGAAUGACGUAAUGGAGUCGAUUAUUUUUGGAGUUCUUACCGUUAGUGACACUUGUCACAAGGAGCCGGCGAAAGAUAAAAGUGGUCCCAAGUUAAGGCAAUUGGUGGGCGAGUCCUUUACCAAUGCCAAGAUUAUCACGAGUAUUGUUCCGGACGAAAAGGAGCUGAUUCAGAGGCAGCUGCGCCAGUGGAUCGAUCUUGAUCAGCUGCGAGUGAUUCUAACCACUGGCGGCACGGGGUUUGCUCCUCGGGAUGUGACCCCAGAGGCCACAAAAUCUUUGCUGGACAAAGAGUGUCCCCAGUUGACACUAGCUAUUGCAUUGGAGUCCCUAAAAAAGACAAAAUUUGCGGCUCUUUCGCGUGGACUGUGCGGCAUUGCCGGAAAAACCCUGAUCCUUAACUUUCCCGGCAGCGAAAAGGCCGUAACCGAGUGUUUUGAGACCGUAAAAUCUCUACUGCCGCAUGCUGUAAACCUCAUAGCCGACGAGGUUGCCCUGGUGCGCAGCACGCAUGCGGAGGUUCAAGGAUCCGCGCCAAAGGGUCACGUUUGCCCACACAAAACGGGGAAAGGAAACGAUUCCGAUCGCAAUUCACCCUUUCCCAUGCUGCCCGUCCAGGAGGUGCUCGCCAUGAUUUUCGACAAGGUUAAGCAGACCAGCAAUCUGGAUGGGAUCCUGUGGCAGCUGAACUCGCCUGUGAACAUCCCGCCUUUCAGGGCUUCAAUAAAGGAUGGCUAUGCCAUGAAGUCCACCGGAUUCUCGGGCAGAAAACGAGUUUUGGGCUGCAUAGCCGCAGGAGAUGCGCCCUGUUCAUCGCAGCUGGCGGAAGAUGAGUGCUUUAAAAUAAACACAGGUGCACCUCUUCCGCUUCUGGCGGAUUGUGUGGUGCAGGUGGAGGACACCGAGCUACUGCAGCGUGACAAGCUCGGCCAAGAAAGCCUGGUCGACAUAUUGGUGCAGCCAAUAGCUGGAUUGGAUGUACGAGAUGUGGGUUGCGAUCUGAGCACCAAGGAUCGCAUCUUUCCUGUUCCAGAUCCCUCGCCAGUUGUGGUGAAAUCUCUGCUGGCCUCCGUGGGAAAUCGAUUGGCCGUACCCAAGCCCAAGGUGGCUAUAGUGUCUACGGGCAGUGAGCUGCUUUCCCCGAGGGCUAAUCCUGCUCUAGGUAAGAUCUAUGACUCGAAUACUACUAUGUUGGCGGAACUACUGGUCUAUUUUGGCUUUGAUUGCAUGAACACAAGUGUGCUGAGCGAUAGUUUCGAACACACAAGGGAAUCGCUAUCAGAUCUAUUCGAGGUCGUGGAUUUUGUUAUUUGUACCGGUGGCGUCUCAAUGGGCGACAAGGAUUUCGUGAAGCCCGUGCUGAAGGACCUUCAGUUCACUCUUCAUUGCGGCAGGGUGAACAUGAAGCCAGGGAAACCCAUGACCUUUGCCAGCCGCAAUGAUAAGUACUUCUUCGGGCUGCCCGGCAAUCCCGUGUCCGCCUUCGUCACGUUCCAUCUCUUUGCCCUGCCCGCCAUCCGCUGGGCAGCCGGCUGGGAUCGCCAAAAGUGUUCGUUGCCCGUGAUCAAUGUGAAGUUGCUCAGUUCCAUAAGUUUGGAUGCCCGUCCCGAGUAUGUUCGUGCCUCAGUGAUUUCCAAGUCUGGAGAGCUGUUCGCCAGUUUCACUGGAGAUCAGAUCAGCAGCCGCUUGCAAAGCAUAGUGGGUGCCGAUGUUUUGGUCAAUCUGCCAGGACAGACUUCUGAACGGAAAGUGGCCGAAGCUGGCGAAGUUUUUCCGGCUUCCGUGCUGCGCUACGACUUCAUUUCCAAGUACGAAUAGAGAAACCUGGCUAAUGAACCCCCAAACCCAUCGAAUGUUAGAAAGACAAGACAAUACGCCUUCGUAGAUUAGCACAAAGAUUUAUUUUUCAUAUAUCAUAUCAUUACGUAUGAUGUCCAUCAAUUACACCAUUGCAGUGUGUACAAAAACGAGUAUAAAGUAAAUAUUAUAAAGGCCUUCCCUAAAGGAAGAAAUAUCAUCAAACAAAAA